UGUGGGGGGUGAGUGGAGAGAUGUGGGGAGGAGGGAUGGUUUAGCAAGGCCGCUUACUCCUCUCCACACACACACAUCCAUGUAUAGCUUGCUCGGCAAAGACUUAGCAAGGCCUUUACCAUCAUCACCGCCAUCACCACCACCAUCAUCACCACCACCACCACCAUCAUCAUCACCACCACCAACCCCGUGGUCAUGCGGCGAAGAGCCGUAGAGACCGCCGCUGCCGGGAGCUUGCUGUGGCUACUCGUGGCCGCUCUGAUCCGCUCCGGUGUUCCACAGAAAGGUGAUGGGUGCGGCCACUCGGUGCUGGGCGCGCUCAGCGGGACGCUCUCCUCGCUCGGCUACCCGGCCGCGUCCCCGGCACACGCCGUCUGCGUCUGGGAACUCCGUGUGCCGCCCGGCCGGCGUAUCCGCCUCCGCUUCGCCGACUUGCAGGUUCUGGCGCCGGAACCCUUCCACUGCCAAGAAAACCACGUCAAGAUCUACAGCGGCAUCUCCAACUGGUCCGAGAUGGGCACGUUCUGCGGGGAGCUGGACAAGGUGAAGCAAGAACUCGUGUCCGAGAGUAACGAGGUGACGGUUCGAUUCCAGAGCGGGUCCCACGAGCCCGGGCGAGGGUUCCUCCUUUCGUAUGCCAUCGACGACCACGCUGACCUCAUCACGUGCCUGGAGAGCGGGGCGGACUUUGCGGACCACGAGUUCACGAGGUUCUGUCCGGCCGGGUGCCUGACUCCGUUCGGCGACGUCUCCGGCACCAUUCCCAACGGCUACCGCGACUCUUCCCCGGUGUGCAGGGCGGCGGUGCACGCCGGCGUCAUCGCGCCGGACCGCGGGGGUGUGGUGAGCGUCGUGCAGAGCAAGGGGCGAGCGUCCUACGAGAGCCGGCUUGCCAACAACGUCACCUCGCUCCAGGGCAGCGACUCCCCCAACCUCUUCACGUUCAAGACGACGGGCUGCUACGGCAAGCUGGGCAUGGAGUCGGGCACGAUCCGCGACUCUCAGCUCUCGGCGUCGUCCGUGCUGGCGCAGCUCGGCAAGGACGGCGUGGUGAUGGCGCUGACCCUGUCAAGCGCGCGCCUGGGCUACGCCGGCCCGGCAUGGGUGGCGCGCCUCGCCGACCCCCCCCACUGGCUUCAGAUCGACCUCAACAAGGAGCGGCGCGUCACAGGUAUCGUGACGGCCGGCUCGGGGGGUCCUCCAAACCCCUCCUACUUCGUCUCGGCCUACAAGGUGCAGUGGAGCCUGGACGGGGCCGCGUGGAGCACGUACAAGAACAACAUCGGCGGCACCGAUAAGCUAUUCCAGGGUAACGUGGACAGCCUGAGCCCCGUGCGGAACAACUUUGUGCCGGCGCUGGUGACGCGUCUGGUGCGCGUCUGUCCCAUCGCCUGGCACCAGAAGAUCGCCAUGAAGCUGGAGCUGCUGGGCUGCGAGCUCCCAACCACGGCGGCGGCUGCGGGGACACUACGACCUCGUGCUAUGCGGCCGGUGGGGGCCUCUCCGCCGGGGGGCACGGAGUGGCCCCCAGGGCGGGGAGCGGAGGUGGGGGCCACCACUGUGACGGCCGUCAAGAACAGCACCAUGCCGGGCGGCACACAGAGAGAGCUGGUGCUCGUGUCCACGCUGGUGCCGGUGUGCGUCGUCCUCGUUGCUGUGCUCCUCGUCCUGUCCUUCAUCUGCGCCAAGAGGAGGCGCGACCGCGGACGGAAGGACGCCGGGCCCGCAUACAGCCUGCCCUGCACUCCGGGCCAGUCAGGCUGGUUCAAAGGCCUCAAGCAGGUGUUCCCGCGGCAGGGGGAGGGGCGGGGGCGGGGGGGAGGGGGAGGCGGGGGCGGCCUCCACGGAACCGACUCCUCCCUCAACGUCCGCUACAGCAGCGACGCGCACCGGGGCCCGGCGGCACGCAAGCACAGCGUGCCUGAGUACCAGCCGCUGGUGCUGGGCGGCUCCGAGCUGGCGCGGGCAGGGAAGGCCUCCACGUUCCGGCCAACUCGCGACUACGAAGAACCGGAGCAAUCACCGGGGGGCGGUGGCGGCGGCAGCGGCGGCCUUCCUCUCCCGCCGCCACCCCUCACCCUCCCUCCCGUCCCAGCGGCGCCAGUGCCGGGAGCGCCGCCCUCGCCGUCGUCGUCCGUCGCGACCUCCCCUUCCCCGGCCGCCUACGACACCAUCGGGGCGUACGACGACUCACCGGCGCGCUACGCCUCCCCGCUCUCCUCCCCCGCCGCACCGGCGCUCCACCUGUACGCCGAGCCGGUGCCGGCGCAGGUCCCCGAGUACGCGAUGCCAAUCGGGUUCACGCUCGACCCCGUGCGAGCGUUUCCCGUGGCCUACGACACGCCGAGAAGCCCGCGCAGGGCCGAGCAGGCGCCGGCGCGGCCAAAUUUCAGCCAGUCGGCAUCGGCGAUCGGCGGUGCCAGCGGCGACGGUGGUACGGUGUACGACACACCCAGGGCCGUACGACGGAACGCGACGCGCGGGAACGUUGGCGCCGGUGAUGCCGGCGGGGUGGAAGGGGGCGGCAGUUGAGCGGAGGUGGCCGUCGUGAUUGGUCGAUACGGUGCUGUACGGUGCGCGUGGGCCGACGUGAUUGGUCGAUGCUGGGUCACACGGCGUCUGUGGGACGACACGAUUGGCCGACUUGUCGCGUGGCAGCACAGGAGGAAUGAGGAUGCGCGCGGUUUAUGUGAAUGUAAUGUCGUUUGGAAUUGUUCUACAUUUUUAAGUUUUAGAUUUUUUUCACGUGUGUCGAUUUAACAUUUUGUUUCACUACAAUUAUUAUUUAUAUUUUGCGACGUUUUAUUUUCAUUUUUUUCGUACAUUCGUACUUUUUUUUGCACGUUUGUGAAGUAUUUAUAUGUUUCUUUAGUUUUGUUUAAAUUUUAUUUCGCGUGGAUUUAUUUCAUCGGAACACGUGCAAAUUUCUACAAUUGUUUUCAUUAUUAUUAUUUAUGUUUUGUUUCGUCGUUUUCCAACAUCAAGUUUUUGCUCGACUGGGCGAUAAUUUGUUUUUGCGCGCUGAAGGCAUUGUGGGUAGACUAACGAUGGGCGCGCCACCCACACAGCGGUGAAGAUGAAGAUGAUGAAGGAGGUAGCGCCGCCGCCCGCGUGGAUUUUUGUCGUUGUGUUUGUACAGGGUUUGAUACGGAGAGAGUUUUUACACUGUUGAGUGUGCAUGAUCGUUUUGAAUAGGCAUAAUCAUCAUAAUUCAUAGGCGUUUGCAAUAAUUACCUAUACUGUAUAUAAGAGCGAGCAAGAGACGACCAAGCUCCUGGCGCAAUCCGUAGCGGCGUGUACUGUUAGCGAGCGCCCGUUGUGUCCGGCACGGCUCGUGCCGUGGCUGGUUGGUUAGUACUGCGCCUGGACAUUGUUCACACGGCUCACUGGGUACUCAAUUUAGGCCGAAUUUACCUAGGGGGAGGACCAGUGUGCUUAAUGGAUUGUAGCAAAGUAUGUUAAACCACUACGCCGUCUAUCUCGCAUACACACACCACACAAAGACAAAGACCACCCGUAUAGCCUUAACAGACUGUUGGGGAAAGUGCUGUCAGCGAGUACCUAAGAAGGCCGGCACGGCACACGAGGGGGUGGUGUGGCUAGCACCA